UCGAUCACAAUCAUUUGGCUCGAUCAAUGCUAAAGCAGCUUCGAUUUGUUAUUCAAUUUCGAUCAUACACUGAUAGACACAAAAAUAUUGGAUAUGGUUUUCAUACUUGAUCCUUCUGGUAUUAUCUGCCUGAUUGCUACCUAUGGCGCCGUUAUCUACGCAGAUUAUGUGGUCAUUCGAUGGAUAAUAAUAGUAGCAAUGCCACUGAGUAUCUGGGCGCCCUUUCAUGUUGUGGUCUUCCAUGCGAUUGUCCUCCUGGUAUUCAUGUCACAUUCGAAAGCAGUCUUCACAGAUCCGGGCAUUGUACCGCUGCUAUCCAAUCGCCCGGAUUUCUCCGAUUUAGAGCCUGGUAUGAGCCAUCACAGCGAAUGGACUGUGUGCUCACGCUGCGAGAUGUAUAGGCCACCACGAGUCCAUCAUUGUACCACAUGCCAGCGCUGCAUACGUCGCAUGGAUCAUCACUGUCCAUGGAUUAAUAACUGUGUGGGCGAAAACAAUCAAAAGUACUUUCUGCAAUUUCUCUUCUAUGCGGCUAUGCUCUCCUUCUACUCCGUAGCGCUAGUACUCGGCUCUUGGGUAUCGCCGAGUACGGAAUGCAAUCAGAUUGUGAAGGAGACACAAUGGAUGCAUACCCUGAUAUUAAUGUUGGAAUCGGCGUUCUUUGGGCUGUUAGCGAGCUUUAUUUUGAUGGAUCAACUGUACGCCAUAUUGCACGACGAGACUACGGUGGAGGCGAUACAGCACAAGGGCCCAUAUAGGCCACAUCUAAGUAAAUAUCAGCUAUUGACAGAAGUGUUUGGCCCCGAGCAUCCGAUGUUGUGGCUACUGCCCUGCUCUAAGCUAAAUCACUCAGAAGAUGUUUGA